GUUACUAGUAUCCAAAAAAUUAUUGUACUGUAGUACUCAUCAAUUCUCAUGAGCAUCUAUUAUAUAAGACAUUGAGUCCCUCCACUUCUCUUUCCACACAAACUCAAUAUUUGAGGUCUAUUUGUAGAAUCUGUUAGUGUUACAGUAGUAAUUAAUUUGUAUAUUUUUAUAAAAAAAAAAUGGGGCAUCAUACAUGUUGUAACAAACAAAAAGUGAAGAGAGGUUUAUGGUCUCCUGAAGAAGAUGAAAAACUUAUUAAUUACAUUACUACUUAUGGUCAUGCUUGUUGGAGCUCUGUUCCUAAGCUUGCAGGGCUUCAAAGAUGUGGGAAAAGUUGUAGAUUGAGGUGGAUAAAUUAUCUAAGACCAGAUUUGAAACGUGGGAGUUUCUCCCCUCAAGAAGCAGCACUUAUCAUUGAGCUCCAUGGAAUUCUUGGUAACAGAUGGGCGCAAAUAGCGAAGCAUUUACCUGGAAGAACAGACAAUGAAGUAAAGAAUUUUUGGAAUUCGAGUAUCAAGAAGAAGCUCCAUCUUUCUCAUGGAAUCCUCCCUGAUAACUCCAUCAUCAUUCCUACUUAUAACAAUCUCAUCACUAAUCCAAUCCCUAAUCCUUCUUUUGAUAAUUUCUACUCAUUCAAUCCCAAUGUUCCUAGUACUAAUAGUUUCAUGUCAAGUAUAAGUUCUCCCCUAAUUCUUGACCAAAUGAACAACAUUAAUCAUAAUGGGGAUUUGAAUUUAACUAAUCAUGUGAUCAUGCCUAAUUCCCUUCCUAAUUUGUCAUUUGACUCAAUUUCAAAUGAUCCUACAUGGUUUAAUUUCAAUUAUCCUAAUCAUCUUCAACAUGAUCUUGAAUAUAACCCUAGUGUUAUUAAACAAGACAACUCCAUUAAUUCCAUGGUCACCUCCAACAUUUCAUUGAAUUGCACUAAUGGGGAGAAUUUCAUGGAUUCAACAAACGCGGCUAUCAAAAAUCAUCAAGAUCUGAUGAUGACACUGCCUAAGCUUUCUGAAAUGAUAAAGGAGAAUGAAGAUGGCAUUCUAGAAUCAACUCCAAUUGUGUCACAACAUAGUGACACCAUGGUGGUCAAGAGUGCUCUCCCAUGUACUAGUUAUAUUAUGAAUCCACAUAAUAAUUUGCAUAGAGUCGUCAAUAAAGUUGAGCUAAUGAAAUCCUUACACAUGUCGUCAUCAUCAUCAUCGUCAUCAUCAACAUCAUCGUCAUGGUCAGCACUUUCAUGCAACCAAUUUAUGAUGAACCCUAGAACUUGGGAUUCAUAAGAGACAUGUUGAUGACUUUUGUGAUGAAAAUGGCCAAAGAAGAAGAUGGUAAGCUUUUUAUAUUCUAAAGGGAGUUUUUAUGAUUAUUAUAAUUGUGUAGCUAUAAUUUAAAUUUGCAUAGUUAAAUUGAGAACUUUAGUUACAUUUAUGUUAAUUUAUUAUUAUGCAGUUUUCUUGUUCCCUCCUGUGAAGUACUAGUCUUUGUAUUGUAUUAUACUGUAUCAAUAAAU